AUGGAACCAAAGAACGUUCAAAGUGGCUCGCUAGACCAGGGUAAGUCUGAUCUCCACUGUGCAAAUUCCGAAGACAGACUCUUCCUUCGGGAGUCAUUAGAAAACUUAAAUGAUUCCUUAUCAGUGACUCUGAACAAUGUCUGUGUAGGUGAGGCUGGUGAUAAGCCUCUGGAAGAUCUGAGCAAAAUGAACGGUUUGGAAACUUGUAGUGAAGACAUGAUGGAACAACAGCAGAAUGACAUUCAAGAAGUGGCAUACGGGAGCCUGCAAGUAACUGAUGAGAUGAGGAAUCAAAUCAAUAAACAGAACAAGGAGGCUUUUGAAGCCCUAGCUAAAGGUGAACUUCAGAAAGCAAUUGAUUUGUUCACCAAAGCGAUUGAGCUGAAUCCACACAUUCCCAGUUCCUACAUGAACCGUGCCAAUGUCUUUAUGCUGUUGCAGGAUCCAAAUGCUGCCAUUAAAGACUGUGACGUAGCCAUUGAGCUGAAUCCGAAAUCUGCAGAGUCGUUCAAAUUGCGAGGGAAAGCAUUCAAGAAUUUGGGGCAUUUGAGAGAGGCGGCCUGUGACCUUGCUUUUGCUUCCAAAUUAGAAUACGACGAAGAAGCCAGUGCUGUGCUAAGGAGAUUGAAGUUAGGGUUUCAAAGGAUUUCUGAGAGGCAGGUAAAGUGUGCCCUAAGAUAUAAGGAAACUGAGAUACUGGAGACAUCUUCAGAGGAUCAGGGGAAAGAUCAGAGCGAGAGAGACUCCAGCACACAAUUGGAGAACGAAGAAGCAAAAGAUAACGAGGAGGAAGAGAUCAAGCUAGAUCAUGAUGAGGAUUUCCAUGUGGAGACAGCUGAGAAGUGGAAGCAGGCCAGUGGAAAAACGAAGGAAGCCUUUGCUGCAGUGGAGAAAGGUGAAUUAGAAAGAGCCGUUGACUUAUUCACCGAAGCUAUCGAAUUAAACCCCCGGUGUUCCAGCUUGUAUGUUAACCGAGCCAGUGCCUUUCUAAAGUUGCACAUGCCAAAUGCUGCUAUCGGUGAUUGCAACCAAGCCAUUAAAAUAAACCCUGAUGUAGCAUUACCAUACAAGUGGCGUGGGCGAGCAUUUCGUCAGCUGGGUUACUGGCAGGAGGCUGCUAAAGACCUUGCUUUGGCCUGUCAGUUGGAUUAUGAUGAACAUACCUAUGCCAUGCUGAUGGAGGUGGAAGCACAGGCUCAGAAAACCAUGAAAAGUUGGGGAACACUUGAGGAACACUCUAAUGCAGGAGAGUGUAAGGAGAAAAUGGACAGGAUGAAGGAAGCUCCUGCACGCCAGGGGAGAAUGCAGUCAAAGAUACCCCAGAAGAAAUCUGAAACUCAAGAAACCGUUUCAGAAGAACAAGAGAGAACUAAAUCUAAAAUCUCUAAGGAAAAGGAAGAUCCAUAUAAUUGUUCCCCAAAGCACAACACAUAUCCUCUUUGUUUUCCAGAGGAACAAGUCAAAGCUUAUCCUACAUAUGCUGCUGACCAGGAAAGGGAUCCUCUUAUAACUCGUGAAAAACAUGAAACAUCUAAAAUGCUGGACCCGGGGACUCAGGAGGCAGCAAAGAGAGAGCAAAAAUGCAUUACUCAAUCAGACAGUGAGGAAAGUGAAUUGGAGUUUGAUACUGAAGAGGUGAUUGAGCCAGAUGAAGGUGUUCCUCAAGAAAUGGGAGAUGAACGCUUGAAGGUGACCGAUGAAAUGCAGAAACAGGCAAACAAAAAGAAGAGAGAAGCCUUUGACGCAGUCAAUAAAGGCGAACUUUUCAGUGCUUUAGACCUGUUCACUGAAGCAAUUAAGCUCAAUCCGCACCUUACCAUCUUAUAUGCAAACCGAGCCAGGGUCUAUCUGAAGCUUCAGAAGCCUCAUGCUGCUAUCAGGGACUGUGAUAAAGCCAUAAAAAUUAACCCAGAUUCUGCACAACCCUAUAAGUGGAGAGGGAAAGCAUUGCAGCUCCUUGGUUACUGGCAGAAGGCUGCUAAAGACCUUUCCUUGGCCUGCCAAUUGGAUUAUGAUGAAGAAUCCUAUGCCAUGUUGAAGGAGGUACAACCAAAGGCUCAGAAAAUUGCCAAAAUCUUGAGGAAGCGUGAUCAGAAACAUGAGGAAAAGAAGUACAAGGAGCUAUUAGACAGAAUUCAGAAAGUGUGUGAGAAGUGUGAAGGACCUCAAACUAUCCCAGCGGAGCUAGAAAGAGAGCACAAGGGAGCCACAGAAAACCAGAGGGAAGCUUGGGAGCGAACUAUGAAGGAGCCACAGACAGUCGGGCGAACAAUGCAGAGAAAGCAAGAGGGCACGCCCUGGGAGGAACUGGAGAGAGAUCUGAAGGAAAGCAUAAGGAAACAAUACAGAAACAAUACAGAGAAGGAGACUGGGGAACAAAAAAACUUCCAGCAGAAGUUACUGGAAGAAAAAGAGAGACUUCAACAGAAGGGUCUGAAUUACCAGGGAAUAGUCCACCAGAAAGAGCUGGAGGAACAGUUGAAAGCUCUUCAGCAAGAACUAGAAGAUAAACUGAGAUCUUAUGAAGAAGAGCAGGAUGAAGGCGAGAAUACUUGGCAGAGAUUACUAGAAGAGCAGGAAAAAUCACAGCAGAAUGUACUUUAUGAACGAGAAAGAGCUUACAAAAUAAUCCUAGAAGAACAACAGAGAGCCCAAAAGGAGGCUCUAGAGGAACUUGCAAGAGCUCAGCGAGAGGCUCUGGAAGAAUUGGCCAGAGCUCAAAAGAAAGCCCUGGGGGAACAGGAGAAGGCUCAGCAACAAGCUCUGCAGGAACAUGAGAAGGCUCAGAAAGCUUUGGAUGUUUUGGAAAGAGCUCAUAAACAGGUCUUGGAAGAACAGAAGAAAGCCCAGGUGGCUGCUAUGGAAGAACAGGAGCAAGCCCAGAAAAAAUCUCUAGAAGAAAAGAAGAUGGCUGAGGCAGCCUUGGAAGAACUCCUAAGGACUCAGAGAAAGGUCCAAGAAGAACAGGAAAAGGCUGAGAAGAAAGCAAUGAGAGAAAGGGAAAUACUUCAGAAGGAACUAGAAAAAUUAGAGAUUGCACAGAAGCAAGCGAUGGAGGAACAGGAGAAUGCUCAGAAAGCUCUGGAUGCUCUGGAAAGAGCUCGUAAAGAGGCUAUGGAGGAACAGAAGAAAGCUCAGAUGGCUGUCAGGGAGGAACAGGAGCAAGUGAAGAAAAAAUCUCAAGAAGAAAAGAAGAUGGCUGAAACAGCCUUGGGGGAAGUCCUAAAGGCUCAGAUAAAGGUCCAAGAUGACCAGAAGAGGGCUGAGAAGAAUGCAAUGAGAGAAAGGGAAAUACUUCAGAAGGAAAUAGAAAAUGUAGAGAUUGCACAGAAGAAAGCAAUGGAGGAACAGGAGAGAGCUCAGAUAGCUGUACAAGCUCUAGAAAAAGUUCAUAAACAAGCACUGGAAGAGAAGAAGAAAGCUCAGAUGGCUGCCAUGAAAGAACAGGAGCAAGCACAGAAAACAUCUCUAGAAGAAAAGAAGAUGUCUGGGACAGCUUUGGAAGAACUCUUAAAGAUUCAGAUAAAGGUCCACGAAGACCAGAAAAGGGCCGAGAAGAAGGCAAUGAGAGAAAUAGAAAUGCUUCAGAAGGAACUAGAAAAAUUAGAGAUUGCUCAGAAGAAGGCUCUGGACGAACAGGAGAGAGCGCAGAAAGCUCUGGAAGUUUUGGAAAGAGCUCAUAAACAGGCGAUGGAAGAACAGAAGAAAGCUCUGAUGGCUGCCAUGGAAGAACAGGAGCAAGCCCAGAAAAAGACUCAAGAAGAAAAGAAAAAGGCUGAAGCAGUCCUGAAAGAACUCUCGAGGAAGGUCCAAGAAGAGCAGGAAAAGGCUGAGAAGAAAGCAAUGAGAGAAAGAGAAAUGCUUCAGAAAGAACUAGAAAAAUUAGAGAUUGCUCAGAAAAAGGCUCUGGACGAACAGGAGAGAGCUCAGAAAGCUCUGGAGGCUCUGGAAACAGCUCAUAAACAGGCGAUGGAAGAACAGAAGAAAGCUCAGAUGGCUGCCAUGAAAGAACAGGAGCAAGCACAGAAAAAAUAUCUAGAAGAAAAGAAGAUUUCUGAGACAGCUUUGGAAGAACUCUUAAAGUCUCAAAUAAAGGUCCAAGAAGACCAGAAAAGGGCCGAGAAGAAGGCAAUAAGAGAAAGAGAAAUGCUUCAGAAGGAACUAGAAAAAUUAGAGAUUGCUCAGAAGAAAGCUCUGGAUGAACAGGAGAGAGCUCAGAAAGCUCUGGAAGUUUUGGAAAGAGCUCGUAAACAGGCGAUGGAAGAACAGAAGAAAGCUCAGAUGGCUUCUCAAGAAGAAAAGAAAAAGGCUGAAGCAGCCCUGGAAGAACUCUUGAGAAAGGUCCAAGAAGAGCAGGAAACAGCUGAGAUGAAAGCACUGGAAGAAAGAGCAAUAGCUCAGAAGGAACUAGAAAAAUUAGAGAUUGCUCAGAAGAAGGCUCUGGACGAACAGGAGAGAGCUCAGAAAGCUCUGGAGGCUCUGGAAACAGCUCAUAAACAGGCGAUGGAAGAACAGAAGAAAGCUCAGAUGGCUGCUGUGAAAGAACAGGAGCAAGCACAGAAAAAAUCUCUAGAAGAAAAGAAGAUGUCUGAGACAGCUUUGGAAGAACUCUUAAAGACUCAGAUAAAGGUCCAAGAAGACCAGAAAAGGGCCGAAAAGAAGGCAAUGAGAGAAAUAGAAAUGCUUCAGAAGGAACUAGAAAAAUUAGAGAUUGUUCAGAAGAAGGCUCUGGACGAACAGGAGAGAGCUCAGAAAGCUCUGGAAGUUUUGGAAAGAGCUCAUAAACAGGCGAUGGAAGAACAGAAGAAAGCUCAGAUGUCUGCCAUGGAAGAACAGGAGCAAGCCCAGAAAAAGUCUCAGGAAGAAAAAAAAAAGGCUGAAGCAGCCCUGGAAGAACUCUCGAGAAAGGUCCAAGAAGAGCAGGAAGAGGCUGAGAAGAAAGCAAUGAGAGAAAGAGAAAUGCUUCAGAAGGAACUAGAAAAAUUAGAGAUUGCUCAGAAGAAGGCUCUGGACGAACAGGAGAGGGCUCAGAAAGCUCUGGAGGCUCUGGAAACAGCUCAUAAACAGGCGAUGGAAGAACAGAAGAAAGCUCAGAUGGCUGCCAUGAAAGAACAGGAGCAAGCACAGAAAAAGUCUCAAGAAGAAAAGAAAAUGGCUGAAGCAGCCUUGGAGGAAGUCCUAAAGGCUCAGAUAAAGGUCCAAGAUGACCAGAAAAGGGCUGAGAAAAAGGCAAUAAGAGAAAGGGAAAUACUUCAGAAGGAACUAGAAAAAUUAGAGAUUGUUCAGAAGAAGGCUCUGGACGAACAGGAGAGAGCUCAAAAAGCACUGGAAGUUUUGGAAAGAGCUCGUAAACAGGCGAUGGAAGAACAGAAGAAAGCUCAGAUGGCUGCAUUGGAGGAACAAGAAAAAGCACGGAAAAAAUCUCGGGAAGAAAAGAAGAUGGCUGAGGUCGCCCUGGAAGAACUCGCAAGGGCUCAGAUAAAGUUUACAGAAGAUCAAGAAAGGGCUGAGAGGAAAGCAAUGAAAGAAAGGGAGAGAAUUCAAAAGUCCCUGGAGGAAUUAGAAAUUGUUCAGAAGAAGGCCUUGGAAGAACAGGAAAGAGCUCAGAAAGCUCUAGAAGCUCUAGAAAGCGCUCAUAAACAAGCGAUGGAAGAACAGACAAGUAGUCAGAAGGCAGUCAUGGAAGAACAAGAGGAAGCACAGAAAAAAUCUAUAGAACAAAAGAAAAUGGCUGAGGCAACUUUGGAAGAAGUCUUAAAGACUCAGAGAAAGGUCCAGGAAGAACAAGAAAAGGCUGAGAAGAAAGCAAAGAAAGAAAGAGAAAGAACUCAAAAGUCCCUCGAGGAAUUACAGAUGGCUCAGAAGAAGAGCCUGGAGGAACAAGAAAGAGCACAAAAAGCUCUGGAUGCUUUGGAAAAAGCUCAUAAACAAGCAUUAGAGGAACAGAAAAAAUCAUGGAAAAAAUCUCGGGAAGAAAAGAAGAUGGCUGAGGUCGCCCUGGAAGAACUCGCAAAGGCUCAGAUAAAGUUCAAAGAUGAUCAAGAAAGUGCUGAGAAGAAAGCAACGAAAGAAAGAGAGAAAACUCAGAUGUCCCUCAAAGAAUUAGAGAUUGCUCAGAAGAAGGCCCUGGAGGAACAAGAAAGAGCACAAAAAGCUCUGGAAGCUCUCGAAAGAGCACAUAAACAGGCCAUGGAGGAACAGAAGGAAGCUCAGAUAGCUGCCAUGGAAGAGCAGAAAAAAUCCCUAGAAGAAAAAAAGAUGGCUGAGGCAACCUUGGAAGUACUCUUUAAUUCUCAGAGGCAGCUUCAAGAAGAGCAGGAAAGGGCUGAGAAGAAAGCAGUGGAAGAAAGAAAGAGAGCUCAAAAGUCCUUUGAAGAAUUAGGGAUUGCUCAAAAGAAGGCCCUGGAGGACUUAGAGACAGCUCAAAAAAUGGCCAUGGGGGAAAAUGAAAGAGCUCAACAGCGGGCCUUAGAAGAACAAAGGAAAGCACGGCUUGCUAUGGAAGAACUGGAGAAAGCAAGAGCUAGGGCCAUAGAGGAUCAGCAGAGAGCUCAGAAGGUGGCCUUUGAAGAACAGCAGAGAACUAAGAUGAUGCUUUCUGAACUGGACGAAACUCGAAGAAAGGCCUUGGAGGAACAAGAAAGAGUACAGAGGAAGGCUCUUGAUGAACAAGUGAGAGCUCAUCAUGCUAUAGAGGAACUGGCUAAGGUUCAGAGAACAGCUCUGGAGGAACAAGAAAAAGCUCGAAAGAUAGCUUUAGCAGAACAGCAGAAAGCUGAGAUGAUGCUUAAGGACCUAGAGGAAAGACAGAGAAAAGCUUUGGCUGAAGAGGAAAGAACACGGAUGAAGGCACUUGAGCAACAAACGAAAGCUCACCUGGCUAUGGAGGAAUUUGCCAAGUCUCAAAAGGCAGCUCUGGAGGAACAAGCAAAGGCCGAGAAGACGGCCUUAGAAGAACAGAAGAGGGCAUACAAAGCUAGGGGAGAACUGGAGAGGGCAAAAAAACAGGCCUUGGAAGAAAUAGAAAGAGCACAGAAUAAAAAUCCAGCACAAAUCCAGGAGCCUGCUCUUAAAAAGAUUAAUGAGGCAUGCAAGACAAUACUAAAAAUAGGUGCCUACGACCCAGACAUUGCUCAAAAGAAAGAUCAGGGCAUCGCUCAUAAAACGCUCUGUGCUGAGCAAGGAAAGACUCACAAAGACCUGGAACAGAGAGAACAGCCACAAUCUCAGAAGAUCACAGGAAAUGACAAGAGUUCACGAAAACACUCAGUUUUGGACUUUUUCCCAAAUGAGUAAAUUCCAGAAUUCUGA